AUGAAUUAUACUUACUUGAAAAAUGAUCAAAUACAAGGCAAACCAACUCCACCAAUUAUUACUAAUAUCACUUACAUGAGCGUAGAACUAGACUGGAAAGAGAAUCUAGACAGAAUCUGUGAAAAAAUGAAUACACCAACUAAUAUGGUCAAUCCAUUAGCUGAAGUAAUUUUCAAGAAAGAUUCUUCUGAAGAUUGGGAAAGUGGAUACAUUGGUUACGACUAUCGAUGUACAUGCAAAGAUUUAGAGCCUGAUACAGCGUAUUAUUUUAGAAUACGUUUUAAAAAUUUGAAACAAUUUGAAAAUUGGAGCGAUGUGGUACAUGUACAAACUGACCAACUACCUAUAACUGGUCAUGAAAUACAUGUUGCUGUGAAACAAGAAAAUUCCAUACGUUUACGUGAAUUACUUGAAAAAGGACAAGCAUCCAUUGAAGCUAUGGAUGAUUUAGGAUUUACUGCUCUUAUGUAUUGUGCUCAACGAAAUCUACCAGAUAUGAUGGCGAUUUUACUUGAAGCCGAAGCAAACACAGAGACUGAAACGAGUACAGGAAAAACUGCACUGAUGUUUGCUGCUUUCAAAGGAAAUAUUGAAUGCAUGGAACUGCUACUUGAAUAUGGCGCGAAUGUGAAUCAUGCGGAUAAAAAUGGUUUAACGGCUUUACAUAUGGCAGUCGAUGGAGAACAACCAAGAGCCUGUAGAUUAUUGAUUAAAUCAUCGGCUAAUUUAGAAGCUGUUGAUAAUAAUCUUCGAUGGACACCUUUAUUACGUUGUGCUGCUUUAAAAAACAAUGGAAAUGUUGAAGUGGCCAGAGAAUUGAUCAAACUACGCGCUAAUAUUGAUGCACAAGAUCAUGAUGGUAAAACUGCAUUGCAUAAUUGUAUUCUACUUGGACAUUAUGAUUUAUGCCGAUUACUGUUAGAAAAUAAUGCUAAUAUGAAUUUAGUGACAAGUAAUGGACAUAAUGCAUUGGUACUAAGUGAAUCUGUUGGCAAUCAAGUAAGUAAACAUUGUUUGAUUCAGCAAAAUAACCGUUUGUUUUUUAUUUUAUUUGUAACAUUAGAAAAUUCAAAAAUUAAUCAAAGAAUUUGUCAAUCGGCGUAA